UCGGUGGUAAUUUUGAAUUUGGCUCGUCUUCUUCUUCAGUUAGGAGCUGAAAACGCAGACAGUAUUGGAGCUGUGUUGAACAGUAAAGAUGACCAGCGGGAAAUUGCUGAAACAAGAGAAACCUGUAGGGCUUCUUAUGAUAGUUCUGCACCAAAUGCAAAACGCAAGUAUCCUGAUGAGGGAGAAGCUGAUGAAGAAGAGAUUGAAGAAUAUAAGGAUGAAGUAGAGCUGCAGCAAGAUGAAGAGAAUCUACCCUAUGAAGAAGAGAUUUACAAAGAUUCCAGUACCUUCCUUAAGGGUACUCAGAGCUUAAAUCCACACAAUGAUUAUUGCCAGCAUUUUGUGGAUACAGGACAUAGACCCCAGAACUUCAUCAGAGAUGUUGGCUUAGCAGAUAGGUUUGAAGAAUAUCCAAAACUUAGAGAGCUCAUCAGAUUGAAGGAUGAGCUGAUAUCUAAAUCUAACACUCCUCCCAUGUACUUGCAAGCAGACUUGGAAGCUUUUGAUAUUAGGGAACUGAAAUCCAAAUUUGAUGUGAUUCUCCUGGAGCCACCACUGGAAGAAUACUAUAGAGAGACUGGCAUUACUGCAAAUGAGAAGUGCUGGACCUGGGAUGAUAUCAUGAAACUAGAAAUUGAAGAAAUUGCUGCCCCAAGGUCAUUUGUUUUCCUAUGGUGUGGUUCAGGAGAGGGUCUGGAUCUUGGCCGGGUGUGUCUGCGCAAAUGGGGUUACAGAAGAUGUGAAGAUAUUUGUUGGAUUAAAACAAAUAAGAAUAAUCCUGGAAAGACCAAGACUCUGGACCCUAAGGCUGUUUUCCAAAGAACCAAGGAGCACUGCCUCAUGGGCAUUAAAGGAACCGUGCGUCGCAGUACAGAUGGUGACUUCAUCCAUGCUAAUGUUGACAUUGACCUCAUUAUCACUGAAGAGCCUGAAAUUGGCAAUAUUGAAAAACCUGUAGAGAUUUUCCACAUCAUUGAGCAUUUCUGCCUUGGACGACGGCGUCUUCAUCUUUUUGGAAGGGACAGUACAAUUCGACCAGGAUGGCUGACUGUGGGACCCACCCUCACAAACAGUAAUUUCAAUGCAGAAACGUACUCUUCAUAUUUCACUGCUCCAAAUUCCCACCUGACUGGCUGCACUGAAGAGAUUGAGAGACUUCGCCCCAAGUCACCACCACCUAAAUCGAAGUCUGACCGUGGAGGUGGUGCUCCGAGGGGAGGAGGAAGAGGUGGGACUUCAGCAGGCCGAGGAGAACGGGGCAGAGAGAGGAACAGAACUAAUUUUCGGGGUGAGAGGGGUGGCUUCAGAGGGGGACGAGGAGGUACUCACAGGGGAGGCUUCCCCACACGCUGAUGACUAUUAGGAAAUUGUUUCUUCCCCCAGUCCCUUGUCCCACCUCUGAAUCUUCUUAAUAUUUUUUUUCUAAAGUGAAUUAUUAUUGAGGCACAAGCUCCACGACUUUUAAAAUUAUUUUUGGUGCAAUCAAUUCCAAAUAGUCUGUCUUCCAGUGACUGGCCAGGCAGAUCACCUCACUUGACAGCAGCACCUGAAAGUGCUAAACUGGGCCUCCUGACAGCAUCUGUUUGUCAAAGCAGAGCCAUCUCUUCAAACUACAGAUGGGACUGAAAUGAAGAUACUUGCUGUUCCUGUAUUGCAAGUACUUGCAAGUUAGGGGUUUUUUUUUAAUGGUAAUUUUCUCCAAAACAUGGAUUCUUCUUCAUUCUUUAUAGUUCCAGGUUUGGACUGACUUGCAUUAAUAUGGUGGAAUAGGCAUGAAAUGCAGUUCUGAGUUGUGUGGCAGUGGCAGACUUAUUCUCUUACUCAUGGAAGAAAAACUGCUGUGUCUAUGUUGACACCAAUUUUAACUUCUUUUAAACCAAGAAGCAAAUUGAAUAAAUAGAGUUCUAUUUUUUCUUAUUUGGUUUAAGUUUCCUGAAUUAUUCUUGGGGAAAAAAGGAACAAGUUUUAUUUUUGUUUUGUGAAGUAGAUGCACUCGCUUUUCAUGCCUGUAAUGGAGAGAGUGUUAAUUCUGUGCAGUCACAUGUUGUGUUUCAUGAAGAGUAACAAGUUAUGUGUUUAUAUCCUGUCCGGAACUUCUAUGUAGGUCUGGAUUGCUUCUUGAGUAAGGAUUUUCACCCUACUUUUAAUAGUCAUCAUCUUCAGUAGGGAAACCCAAUUUCAUUGCAGAGCAAUUGCACUGUAUAUAAUAGAAAGACCUCAUAAGGGGCCACAUUGGAAAUGUGAGGUGAUGCUAUGAGUGACAGCUUCCUGAAAGUAAUCACCUGAAUGAUGAAGUCUCAGCAACCAAAUCAAGGAUUUUGUUUUGCCUGCUGACCUGGUGUGGAUUGGAAAUAGACUGUUGGUGAUUAGGUCCAGAAUGCAGGAUGGAAAGAAAGCAAUUUGGUAUGUACAGUACUUGUUUUUAGCAAAGCAACUUCGAACUUCCAGAACACUUGGCAGACAGAACAAAUCUGGCUGUUGAAGUCUUUUAGGUAUGGAUUUUGGAAAAUUGGAUUUUAAGUCUCAAAAUGUUUAUCUGUUGAAGUCUAACUUUAAAGUAACUGUUCUGUACAGUAGUGAAUUAUUAAACUUGUUUAUCAAAGCUAA